GUACAAUGAUUUGUUUCUUGGGUUGAAUUCUGGCAUCUCAGGGUGAACAGUGAUGAAAGUUCAAAAUCUAUGACUUGUUUUGAUUAAUUUCCGUUCCAAUUAGCGGAUGAACGGAUGUGUGUAGAGGUCGAUUCAGAGAAGAGAGCAAGCAAAUGAUUCAGGAAACAGAAAUACAUGGGCGCAUUGCAAUCCCCAGCAAGAGCCUGGACAGAAAUGGAGCAAUCCCCUUAAGUUCAGUUGUAGCAUGUCUCUUAAAGGAAUUGCUGCUCAUAAAGUCCACAGAGGAACAUGGUUACUUCCUUGGAAUAACCAAAUUAAAGAGCAUAGGCAGCGGAGAGUUGGAAGAGAAAUCAAAUGAAAUCCUCUUCCCAGUAGCCUUUUACUGUCGCACCUUCCUACCUGUCGUUGGAGAAAUCAUGCUUGGAGUCGUUCACAAGAUACACAGCCGGGGGGUUUUCUUGAGAUGCGGACCCAUGAAAUACAUUUAUCUAUCGGCUCAAAAGAUGCCAAACUUCUACUAUGUCCGAACCAAAACCCAGGAGAUUUUCAUGAGCGAUGAUCUCUCGAGGAUAGAGGAGGACGUGGUCAUCCGUUUUAUGGUAUUUGCCAUGAGAUGGAGAAAGAAACAUUGGGACACGGACAUCGAAAGAGAGUUCAUGAUACUUGGCUGUUUAGAAGGUGACUGCCUGGGCCCAGUUUCAUUGUCGGGUUCAGAUGAAUUGAGCCUGUAAAGGUUUUUGUACCCUCAACAUCAACACCAUUCCCAUUCCUGCUAUAGUUCCCUGCCUUUGUAUGUCGUGGUGAUAUGUACAAAUUGAUGUUUCCUGUAAGGAAAGCUGGAGUUGAUGGACUAAUAUUGUUCAUCCUGCAGCUUCGAUGCUGUAAAAGCAGGUAGAAAGAUUUAUACUGGCAUGUCUCAUAGGAAUUGGUCUUUUUUAAAGGGUUCUUU